AUAUCGAGACCCGGCUUCGCGGCAGGUUCAUUAGGUAGCCAUCGGUCGAUCGGUCAGUACUUGCGUGCUUGAUUGUUCACUUCAUUCAUGCACGCGGCAGCGCCAACGACAGCGACGAUGCCGGCCGUGACCCACGACGACCUGUCCCUCCGCAAGGCGCAGGAGCGCCGCGCGGCGCGGUCCAGCGGCCAGGUCGCUGUCACCCUCGUCGCGCUCUCCGUGCUCUGCGGCCUCGUCGCGUUCAUCCUCUGCCUCGCCGCCGAGGGAUCGCGCUCCGAGGCACGUGGUGUCUACCUGCAGGUGUCGUACUACCUGAUGAGCGUAGGCGGCAACCAAGACCAGGUGGACGUCUGCUUCUACAACAGCAGCGGCCGCGCGCCGCUCGCCUACGCCAUCGGCGCAUUCCUCCUGCUCGCCGUCGCAAUGUUCGCCGAGCACGCCUACAUGCUGGUCGCCGUCGCGGCCCCCGAGUCCGCAUCCGUCGGCCUCGCCGUCGCCGAGGACCACCCGCGGGUGGCAUCCACCGCAGCCACGCUCACCUGGCAAACCUGCUGCCUCUUCUUCCUCACAUGGAUUUGCUUCGGGCUCGCCGAGGUGCUGCUCAUGAUCGGGAUCGGGGUGGAGUCCGGGCACGUCAGCGACUGGCGGAGGCCGCGGCCCUUGUGCCACCGGGUGCGGCCAGGGAUAUUCGCGGCGGCGGGGAUCCUGGGGCUCAUCACCGUCGUUGUCGGCUUCGUCGUGUACGUCACUGCCGUGCAGGCGCAGCGGCUGCGGGGUCAGUACCACGGCGGCGGACACUUCGUCGGCUACGGCGCCCCGCAGCAGCACCUGCAGCCGCCGGUGCCGCACCCGCAUCCUCAUCCGGUGCCGUCCGCACCAGGCGCGCCGGAGAUUACGACGGCCGCGUGCCAGGUGCAGCCCAGCCGUGCGUCGCUACUCAUCACCAAGGAGCCCACCGACGAGUAACUGACACGCUUGGGAGAUAAAUCAUGAAACGGGGAGCAGGAAGAAGAGCACCCCACGACGGCUACAUUCUUUGCGUUCUUACUAAGUUCUCUUUUUUCCUUUGUAUAAUAAGAAUAUAAGCACCGAGAUUAUUUGUUCGUAAACGUCAACCAAAUCUUUGUGAAGUGGAAGAGGUGUACAUUGACACGUACGGGGGACUUCGUAUACACCUCUAUGUUACCAAGAUUAAACAUGAAAGUCGUGAUUUCCUACUAUUUACAUCAUCAGCUUAACCGU